AUGAUUCAGCUGCUUUUCGUUGACGUAUUCCUCUGUGCUCUGUUUUGCUUUGUUGUUAAAGUGGUUGUGUUUUUACUGUUGGAAAAGCUUGAUAACUUCUUCUCGUUUUUCUGGCUUAGGGGUACAGGCCAAUGUUUGCCCAUUGACAAUGACAUUGUGGGAGAAAUCCCCAAUGCCGUCGUGCCUCCCCUCAUUUCCACCACCACCACCAUUAACUACUUUCCUGUUGUUUCUUUGGAGCCUAUUGCUCCCACACAACCACAAACAACUUUCGGUUCUCUCCGUGAGGUUGGACCAAGUCGAGAUUAUCUCGCUUCUCCACCACGCGUAGAAAAGGAGUUCCGUUGCCUUGCUCUCUGGUGUGCUUGCCUUGUCGGUGGUCCUUGUGCUGGCCGUGACUAUGUGCCUUCACCUCCCAGUGAGUAUGGUUUUGUUUCACGUAGUUCUGUUCCUUCUUGGGCAUAUGCCUGUGAGUACAUUACUCGUGCCUGGAUGCAGGAAAACAAUGUUUUCGGUGCCCCAGUGUCUUCGGUCGUCAACCGACCAAGAGAGCAAACCUACUUGGCUUCCCACGCGGUUUCUUUCCUCUUUAGGGAUAACGCGUGUUGUGCGGUUUCUUCCUCGUAUGAGGAUAACGCACUUUCUACGGUUUCUUCCCCUGCUGGGGAUAACGUAGCUCAAGCGGUUUCUUCCUCUUCUGAGGAUAACGCUUCUUGUGUGGUUUCUUCCUCUUAUGAGGAUAACACACCUUCUGCGGUUUCUUUCCCUUAUGGGGAUAACGCAGCUCAAGCGGUUUCUUUCUCUUAUGAGGAUUACGCUUCUUGUGUGGUUUCUUCCUCUUAUGAGGAUAACACACCUUCUGCGGUUUCUUUCCCUUAUGGGGAUAACGCAGCUCAAGCGGUUUCUUUCUCUUAUGAGGAUAACGCUUCUUAUGCGGUUUCUUUCCCUUAUGGGGAUAACGCAUAUUACGAUGAUGUAGGAGUUGCUUCGGUUUCUUCCUGGUAUCCAGAAAGUACAACCUCUCUCGAGAGGGCUGGUCGUCAUACCUCGGUAUGUCGUCCUCGUACAGCUGGCAUGCGCCAUCAUCGUCUUCGUGCUGGACGUGGUUUGUAUAGACCUAGUCCUUCACGACGCCAUUAUUAUGGCAAACUUCGUCUUCGUGCUGCUUUGUUUGCUUGUUUUCAAGCUACAGAGACUAUCGACGUUGACGUCGUUUUUUUGAAUCCAACAGCUGCUGAAAUCGAUGAUGUCUUCCCUGAACCUAUGGAGAUUGACUCGUUUGGGGAGUCUUUCGAAGUAGUGGAUGGUUUGGCUGAAUCUGUAGAGGCCGAAGAGGCUGUUGGUAAUGGGUUUUGUGUUGCUCCUGUCUCUGUUCCUGAGGCAGUUUACGAUGAUCAUGUUCCCGAUCAGUUCGUUGAGCAAGAUGCAGUGGACAUCAACGAUCUUAGCACAGAAGCUCCCUCUGAUGCUAGCGAUGAUGGCUCAUCUGUUACUGAAUACGCUGUGAAUUCAGAUGUGGAGUCAGUCCCUGAAGAAGUAUCUCAUGAUGCUUCUGACGGCUUCAUCCCUUACAGCUUUUUCUCCGAUUCUUCUUCUGCUUCUGGUUCGGUCUCUGGUGAUAGAGACGAAGAAGAGGAUUUUGUCUGGUUUGAUCAAACCACUGAAGCCAAUAAUGAGGUAGAGAAGAAGGAAUCACGCGAAGAAAAUAUUUUACGUGAAAGCAAUAUUUUGCAGUGUAUGACUAUUGAUCAAGAUCCUAUAUGCUGCACUAUAAGAAAUUUACAAACAACGCUUAUACGGAAGAAUUGCAUGUUAUUCACGGCUGCUUGCUACGAACACCCACCUAACAAACAUGGUAUAAUCCAAAUCAAGGUAUCUCAAUGGACACUUGAAAUUUCGUUGAAUUUGAGGCAAAAAAGAUCAACGAUGAAGAGACACGCUUCAGUUUAUACUGAUACAAAUACAGUUGAUGACUACAUAUUGAAAACCGUAGUAAAUCAAACUAAUGGGAGUUUAAAAACAGUCAUCGUACAAUAUUUAACAAAUACGAUGCCGUUUAUUACCAGCAUGCCUUUUGCUUCUACUAGCUUCUACUAG